AUGGCUAACAGUGCCUCUCUUGAACACAAUCAAAAUCACUGCUCGGCCAUCAACAACAGCAUCCCACUAAUGCAGAGUAACCUCCCCACCCUGACCUUAUCUGGAAAGAUCCGAGUAACAGUUACUUUCUUCCUUUUUCUACUCUCCACAACAUUUAAUGCUUCUUUCUUAUUGAAACUUCGAAAAUGGACUCGGAAGAAAGAGAGGGGAGGAAAGCUCUCAAGAAUGAAGGUACUUUUAAAACACUUGACCUUAGCCAACCUGUUGGAGACUCUAAUUGUCAUGCCACUGGAUGGACUGUGGAAUAUCACUGUUCAGUGGUACGCUGGGGAGUUCCUCUGCAAGGUCCUCAGCUAUCUGAAGCUUUUCUCCAUGUAUGCCCCAGCCUUCAUGAUGGUGGUGAUCAGUCUGGACCGCUUCCUGGCCAUCACGAGGCCCCUGGCUGUGAACAGCAACAGCAAGGUUGGACAGGCCAUGAUUGCCCUGGCCUGGACCCUCAGUAGUGUCUUUGCUGGACCACAGUUAUACAUCUUCAGGAUGAUCCAUCUAGCAGACAGCUCUGGACAAACAGAAGUUUUCUCUCAAUGUGUAACUCACUGCAGUUUUCCACAAUGGUGGCAUCAAGCCUUUUAUAACUUUUUCACCUUCAGCUGCCUCUUCAUCAUCCCUCUUCUCAUCACACUAAUCUGCAAUGCAAAAAUCAUCUUCACUCUGACACGAGUACUUCAUCAGGAUCCCAACAACCUACAACUGAAUCAAUCCAAGAACAAUAUACCAAGAGCGCGGCUGAAGACCCUAAAGAUGACAGUUGCAUUUGCCACUUCAUUUACUGUCUGCUGGACUCCCUACUAUGUCCUAGGAAUUUGGUACUGGUUUGAUCCUGAAAUGUUAGACAGGGUGUCAGAGCCAGUAAAUCACUUCUUUUUCCUCUUCGCUUUUUUAAACCCAUGCUUCGAUCCACUUAUAUAUGGAUAUUUCUCUCUGUAA